AUGGAGGUCAACUCUCAAGACCCAAGCUUUAACGUAAUCGAGCACCGGCCUAAAAUUUUUAUUCGCAGGAUCAUCCUACUGAUCAGAUCAAUCGGUCACACCUUGAAGAUGAAGGUGAUUCAUAUCCCUUGCUUGGAAGACAACUAUUCUUACCUGGUGAUUGAUGAGAACACGAAACAAGGAGCUGUAGUGGAUCCAGUUGAGCCUGAGAAGAUUAUUAAAGUUGCUAAAGAAAAUGGUGUUGAACUUAAGCUUGUCCUCACCACUCAUCACCACUGGGAUCAUGCAGGUGGCAAUGAGAAGAUCAAAGAGUUGGUUCCAGGGAUUAAGGUUUAUGGAGGUUCUGUUGAUAAUGUAAAAGGGUGUACUAAUAAGCUAGAAAAUGGUGAUAAGUUAUCUCUUGGGGAUUCUAUCAAUAUACUCUCUCUCCACACACCAUGCCACACAAAGGGACACAUAAGCUACUAUGUAACUGGGAAAGAAGAAGAGGACCCUGCUGUGUUUACAGGCGACACACUGUUUGUUGCUGGUUGUGGCAAGUUUUUUGAGGGGACAGCAGAACAGAUGCAUGAGUCACUGUGUGUGACUUUGGCUUCUUUGCCAAAACCAACUAAAGUUUACUGUGGGCAUGAGUAUACGGUGAAGAAUCUGCAGUUUGCUCAAACAGUUGAACCAGACAAUGAGAAGAUAUCAGAAAAGUUAUCAUGGGCUCAGAAGCAGAGGGAAUCUGGGCUUCCAACUAUUCCAUCAACCAUUGAACAGGAAUUAGAAACUAAUCCUUUCAUGCGAUCUGAUCUACCUCAAAUUCAGGAGAAAGUUGGAUGCAAGUCCCCUGUUGAAGCAAUGCGUGAGAUAAGGCAACGAAAGGAUAACUGGAGAGGGAUUUGUGAACCCCGUCUUUAAGAGGAUAUCAUCCUUCCCUUUUCGUGCUUUGGCCUUUGGUUGAACAUGUACCAGAAUAUCUCAUCUCACCUUGUUUGGAGAACACUAGUUUCAUGUUUACAAUCUAUUGUUUUUCUUCAAUUCACUUGCACAGAUUGAAUAUUGAAUGAGUAUGCCUAAAAUAGGUGUCCUCAUUGCUUCAAAGUAGUAAUAUUACAUUUCUAGAUAUUUUCGGCAAUAUGAUUCGUUCUAGUUUGAAGUGGAGCAUUUCAAUAUCUUUGGC